AUGGCUUUCUACAAUACAACAAAAUACCUCACAAUAAGCCUCAUUGCAAUAGUAUUUGUAGCUGGAGCACUGCUAAAAAAUGUGACAGCGACAGCACAAAAUUGUGGCUGUGCCCCAGGACUAUGUUGUAGCCAAUAUGGCUAUUGCCGCACCGGCAACGAUUACUGCGGCCAGGGUUGUCAACAAGGUCCUUGUACUGGCGGCGGCGGCACACCAACCACACCAAGCGGUUCGUCUGUGGCUGAUAUGGUAACUCCAGAAUUCUUCAAUGGGAUCAUAAGCCAGGCUUCUUCAGACUCUGCUGGGAAGAACUUCUACUCUCGAGGGGGUUUUCUUGACGCUGUCAACUCAUUUUCUGACUUUGGUAUGAUAACCAUGGUGGAAAGAAAGUAUUUCAGAUCUAGGUUUAGAGAGAGAAAUGAAAGAAAGCUGUGUAACAAGAGUAACUAA